AUGAAAAUGCUGUCAUUCUUGACCGUCCGUUCUCAGCUUCUAUGUAGCCGUGUACGUUCUCCUUGCAAUAUUCUUGCAUCUCAUUCUCUUGGCAACAAUGUGAAUGUGAAUUUUGUUCAUUUGAACCGUUUACAAGCGUCAAAAUCGUGUGUAUUCUCGACGUUUCUCCGCUCAAAGGACAAAUCGGAUCAAGAUAAAUAUGGCACUGGAUUGAACGCAAGGAAUGCGACAGAGCAAACGAUUGAUAGUGGUAUGAAUCCACUGGAACGUUUACUGCAUCACUCGAAGGAAUUUCGAUUAUAUAAGGACAAGGAGAGCAAAAAUAAGCAAGGAGAUGAGACUGACAGUGAUGGUAGUAGUCAACCACUCAUCAGUUCUUGGCAGAUGGACAAUCGAAGAAGACGCAACAACAGUCUAAUUAGUCAUCAUGCUACAGACGUCUCAAAUUUCAAUGAACCUCGUCGUCGUGGGAACGCUGUACAUCAUGGAAAGUUGGGGAAGAUGGCGGUAGACCGGCUAGUCGAAAAGGACAUGGACGAGAUUAACUAUGAUGCAGAGUUGGAAAACGUCUGGGAGGAAGAACAAGUGAAACAACGCAAGUUUCAUCGUGCGCUGCGUCGAGAACAUGACAAGGAUCAUGUGUGCACGAAUUGUGGAGAACGUGGUCAUCGUGCACGCAAUUGUCUUGUGCCACGGAUCUGCUCCAAUUGUGGUAACUUGGGCCACGCAGCUCGUCAGUGUAGAUUUAGACAGAAUCCAGACACGGUCGAUGAGUUCCUCAUGCAGGAAUUAGAUAUUCAAAUGAAGAAGAAGAAAAAGCGGAAGCUGAAAGAGACAGCGGCUAAAGCAGUGAAGAAUCCAGGCAUGCCACUGCCCAAGGAGGUACCCACAAGUGAACUCAACAAGCGUAACGAGAGUCUCCGUAAGGAGCUGGAGGAAGAACUUGAUGCCUACGCCGAUAUAUUAGAGGAACAGGCUCGAAAGCGUCGAGAGCUGAAGGAAAAGAAGGAAGCACAGCGAGAAAACGCGAAGCUGUCCGAGAAGUAG